AUGUCUGAUAUUGGCACAUUCUUUCAUCUCGUCCCAACCCUAACACGUGUUAUUCAGCCUGUUCAUACCUAUCAUCCUAUAACCGCGUUCAAGCAGGGUUGGCUAUCUGAGCCUCCGAUCCCAUCCGAGCAUCUCCGAGAGGGGAAUUCUGCAUGCUUGCAAGGCCCGGAACCAACCACCAGCGCGGUCGAACAAGUCAACACAGACAGCGACGAGGGUGUCGAAGAUUGCCCCGGCGAUGCCAGCGUCGAUGCCUUCCUGCGGAGAGUCUCGAGGCACUUGACACAGAUAGGUCAAGGGUUACCCAGAAAUCUCUUCAAACGACACGACGAAUGCGAUCGAUCGAUGCGAGCCUCGAACUAUAUCCAUACACUAGCACUACCCGACAAAAGCAUCGCGACAAGCUACCUCGAGGCAUAUUUCGAGCACGGGAAUGCGACUUGUCGCUUCCUACCGCGUGACCAGACCUUUGAACUGCUAGAUGGUCUGUACGAGAAUAGUGAGAGCUUGUCACGAGAUGAUGAAAGCUCUGCUAUUAUUCUGCUUGUCAUCGGGACUGGAUGCGUUUGGACGGCGUCCUGGAGAAACGAGCCGGUAGCGCCAUGGAGAGCAAAAGCAUUACCAUUCCUACGCGCUGCCGAGUCGAGGCUCGAGAGAGUCCAACAUGUAUACCCCCCAACGAUUGCGUUACUGCAGGCACAAGUCUUGAAGUGCCAAUGCGAGCUUGUCUUAGGUCGAUUCAACUCUGCGUGGAUGUCUCUCGGAUGGGCCGUUAGAUUGGGCCAGAUGAUCGACAUCCAGAAAGAGCACCACACCGAGACCAUCGGGCCGCUUCAGUUAUAUUAUAGAAGACGUUUAUUCUGGGCCAUGUUCAUGAUUGACAGAUACUUGGCUGUGAUUCUGGGACGGCCCAUGGCAAUACAUGAAGGUGAUAUUACUGUGGUUCUAUCGCCCGAAAUCGACGAUAGCAUCUCCUCACAGGUUGACGCUCGUGAGAAAAAGUUGUUGAUGGGCACUACGCUCCACUAUAGCCUAGUACGAAUAAUUGGAAGAGCUGCAUCCCAGCUCUAUCCUGCCUCCGACCGUCCGCAAUCAUCCGUCGAUAGGGUGGUCUCAGACCUGGAAGAAGAGCUCCAACAGUGGCUCCAGAACGCGCCCAGAUUCUUCCACCCUGACCGGCCCUCGCACGACGAGGAAGGAUACUAUGAUGUUCCGUGGAUACUGAAGAGGCAAAAACGUACCGUCCAGUCGGCCUAUUUCUUUGCCAAUAUGCUUAUCUAUCGGGGGUAUCUUCUUCAAGAGUUCCGUCGACAGGAGCCCAAUGAGUCUCCAGUAGAGCCCCCAUCAGACCGGGCAAGAAGAUGUGCCGACAAUGCUCUUGCCAUGAUCAAACUGGCAGCUGACUUUGGCGUGGCAGAGUCGAGAUACAAUGGGACAUUUUGGAUCACUUCCCACUUUCUGUUUUGUGCCAUAUCUAUUCUCAUCGUCUACAUGACCAUUUGCCAAGACCAGCAGCAGCUGUACAUAGCCGAGAAGGCUGUUGAAGACGCCAUGGAGUUUCACCGUAGGUUAGAAAGCAGCAGCAAUAUCAGCGCCCAAAAGCUUCUCGACGAAUCGCGGCGACGAACGCAGAUUGCCCAGAGUAUCAAGACACCGAACUCUUCUGUCGUUGGAUCGGCUUCGUUCGCUAGUAGUGAGCAACACUUAAGCCCGCAGAUGAUGCUGGUCCCCUCAGUCACUGAAGGUCAAGCGACGGAGAACACAGUACAAUGGGAGGCAUUGGGGGCUACAGAGGCAAAUAUUGACUUGAUGCAAUUCGCCCAGGGUCAGAAUAAUAUACGCGGAGAUGGUCCCUUUGGUCUUGGUCAAGACUUUAAUACCAUUAUGGACAUUGUGUUUGACGAUACUUGGAAUCCUGAUCUGCAAUGGGGUUGA